CCUGCGGUCGUUGGCCUCAUUCGAGUCGUUGCGCCGGCCGUAGGCGGACGUGGAGCUCCUUGCGCCCCGUUUCCUGCUCCCCUUCUCCUCUCCGCGCGCCGGCAGGAUGGCCCACAAGCAGAUCUACUAUUCGGACAAGUACUUCGACGAGCACUACGAGUACCGGCAUGUCAUGUUACCUAGAGAACUCUCCAAACAAGUACCAAAAACUCACCUGAUGUCUGAAGAGGAGUGGAGGAGACUUGGUGUCCAACAGAGUCUCGGUUGGGUGCAUUACAUGAUCCAUGAGCCAGAACCGCAUAUUCUUCUCUUUAGACGACCUCUUCCAAAAGAACAACAAAAAUGAAGUGCAGCUGGGAUCACCUAAUCUUCUUGAAAUUAAAUGUAUAUGUGUAUAUAAGGGUAGUAUUCAGUGAAUACUUGAAAAUGUACAAAUCUCUCAUCCAUACCUGCGCAUGAGCUGUAUUCUUCACAGCAACAGAGCUCAGUUAAAUGCAACUGCAAGUAGUAGGUUAUUUUAAGUUGUUAAAGAUAAAUUUUCUUGUAGUUUUUUUCUUAAUAUAAGUAGCGCCUGUUUUACUUUAUCUGUUACUUUGUUAAAUAAAGUUUGUAUGUUGCAUUUAC